UGUUUUGUUAUUAAAAACGUGUGUGCGGUAAACUUUUCGAUACCUGUCCGGUACCUAUAUAUAGGACUCGGUGCCCGAAUUCUAAGGCGCUUGUUGGACAGCACUCGUAAACGUAACUCGUAAGGUGAAUCCUGCGGAGUCCUAAGGCCGCGUUACACACACCGCGCGUUCGAUAAUAAUAAUAAUUCCGAAAUAAAAUAAACAAAAAGAUUGAUAUCGGUAAUAAUAAAAAAAUACUAUUCAAUCGAUAUCCGGUCGACAGAAUAUUUUUGCAAUAAAAAAACGGUCGCUGAGAUGAGGGGCGGCCCGCUUUACUAUGUAUACGUGUGCGCGGUCGCUAGGAUUUUGUCGUGUUCAGCGGCCGGUUUGCAGGACGGACAGCAUUUCCUCAGAACUCUCAUGGAGAGAUUCAAAGACGGCUCGAAAUCGCCUUCUCAUUUCACUCCGGAUAUGUAUCCAGAAUUGAGAUCACGAUUAUACCAAGGAGAUAUAAUACUGCCAGUUUCAAGAAAUGCUAUAAUGUCGGAUUACUAUAAAUGGCCUAAGGCAAUAAUUCCUUAUACAAUCCAUUAUAAUUUUACACAAGACGAACGGUCCAAGAUCCGGAUGGCCAUGGAUGUGAUUGAAUCGAAGACGUGCCUGAGAUUCGUCGACAAGAAUGGCGAAAACGCAACGCAACUGCUGAAGGACGUCGGACACUCGGAGUACGUGCACAUCGGCCGUGAGCGGAACAAGGGAUGCAACGCCAUGAUCGGUUUUCACCGGGAAAUGGGUGGCCCACACAACAUGAACUUAGAGGCACCGUCGUGUAUAUCCUAUCAGGGAACGGUGCAACACGAACUUCUGCACGUGGUAGGGCUGCUCCACGAACAGGCCCGCGCUGAUCGUGACAACGCGGUGAUCAUUUAUUGGGAAAACAUUGACAAAACAUAUUGGCCAGACUUUAACAAAGUUCCCGAUAAUGUCACAACUACUUAUGGACUACCUUAUGAUUAUACUAGUGUAAUGCAUUACCCACGUUAUGCUUUUUCAAAAAAUGGUAAAGAAACCAUUGUAGCUAAGCACGAACCAAGUAUGAGUUUGGGACAGAGAACCGGAGCCACGAUCAAUGACUUGCGAAAAGUCAACGCAAUGUACAAUUGUAAUGGAGCCGCAGCAACACCCUAUAAUACUAAUACAGGUGACUACCAAGGUGCUGCAUAUCAUAUAUUUUAGUUCAAAAAUAUAUUAUAAUAAUUAUUUACACGAAUUUAUUGUUACUUAUUAUUAUUUUUGCACUAUCUUAAAUAAAAUAAGAAAUUAUUUUAAUUGUUUAAA